CGGUGCCUCUCAUCGCUGUUCUGUGCGACGGGAGGCGCGCGGAGUGGAAUACGUUGCGUCUCUGAGUCAGUCUAUUCUCGACUGUAUAAGUGAAAAUCGCUUAUAUUAAGGAGCGUUCCCGGAGUUGAAACGGGGCUUGAACUAAUUUUCUCUUUUUAGAGCGCAGAUACUUUUUUCUCCUUCUUGGAUCUAAUACUCGUUUUUGUGCUGAGAUGUCGAUCGAGAGGAGAUCUGGUUUGCGGCUUUUGCAGGCGUCAUUUUUCCGACUACUGUGUCUUAUUCCCACAGGGUUCCCUGUCCGAAGUGUGGAUAUGCAACGCGCUACUGACAACAUCACCAUCCGACAGGGCGAUACAGCAGUGAUCAGGUGCUACGUAGAUGACAAGGUGUCCAAAGUGGCCUGGCUCAACCGCUCCAACAUUAUCUUUGCUGGGGAGGACAAGUGGUCACUGGACCCCCGUGUGGACCUGGUGACAAAGGGCCAGCUAGAGUAUAGCCUGCGCAUUCAGAAGGUGGAUGUGUAUGAUGAGGGGCCCUACACAUGCUCCAUUCAAACCAAGCAGCAAUCCAAGACCUCCCAGGUCUACCUCAUUGUGCAAGUUCCUGCAUUCAUUUAUAGAGUUUCAGAAGACAUCACAGUGAACGAAGGCAGCAAUGUCACACUGAGCUGUCUCGCCAAUGGAAGGCCAGAUCCCUCCAUCACUUGGCGACUGCUCAACCCAUCAGCAGAGACUCUGGAUGUGGGCGAGUAUCUGGAAAUAUCCGGAAUCACGCGCAUGCAGGCUGGUCGUUACGAAUGCAAGGCUAGCAAUGACGUAGCAACACCCGACGUAAAAUAUGUCAGCGUGGUUGUCAACUAUCCUCCUGUCAUAAAGGAUGCUAAGAGCUCAGAGACACAGGUGGGCCGUCAGGGGAUUCUGCAGUGUGAUGCCACAGCUGUCCCAAAGCCCGAGUUUGAGUGGUACCGAGAUGACAAGAGGCUGUCCAAUAUGCAAGGUAUUACUAUUCAGAUCACUGGUACUCGUACCAUGUUACUGGUAGCUAAUGUCACAGAAGAUGAUUAUGGAAAUUACACUUGUGUGGCCACCAACCGUCUGGGAAUACACAAUGCUAGUGUGUUUCUUUACAGACCUGGAACUGGGAGGGACAUCAAUGGCUCUGCCUGCAUUUGUCAAUCAGUGUGGCUCCUCUUCCUGCCCUUCCUCCUGCCUCUACUCAAGUGUUAAUAAUCAGCUCUGCACUACUUCAGAAUCAUGCCCACUCUUCUCUCUCUCUCUCUCUCUCUCUCUCUUUCUCUCUCUAUCCAUCUAUCUAUCUAUCUAUCUAUCUAUCUAUCUAUCUAUCUAUCUAUCUAUCUAUCUAUCUAUCUCACUCCCACUCUCUUUGUCCCAGACUGUUUGCAUUACCACCCAGAAUGAACCGUGCCUCCAUGCACGCAAACUAGGUACAUUUACAAUUCAGAAAGUAAAUCAGAAUGGGCAAUUGAUAUGGUUUAAUGUUGAACAUUUUUUAAAAUGUAACAUGAAAGGGAAUAUGGGAGGAAUUAGACAGAAGACAGUGCUCUUUAUAGAAUAUGAUUAUUGUUUCUUUAUUUGUUGAGUCCUCAUUUUCGAUUGUCUAGGUGUUCAUUUAGUUUGGCUUGUCUUUUCUCACACCAUUCUGAGAACAAACAGAAUAAAAUUAUGCUAACUAAGUUUCAACACUAACUACAACAGUCAAUAAUCAUCCAAAUAUUUGGAAAAUAAAGUAAUGCUAAUUUUAAUAGUA